AUGUGGAAACGGUUCCAGGGUCACGGCCGGGAAAAAGAGAAGCAAAUAGGCAAUCCUGUGCUUGUCGAAACCACCUACGACGAGGAUCAACUCAGGCACAUGGCCAAUGUCUCCGAUGCCGCCCAGAAUGCCAAUUAUCAGCCCUAUGCCUCAGGUGGUGCCUCAGGCUAUCCACCUCAGACAAACAACACUCUAUCAGCACCACGAGCUUCUCGCAACCACCGUGCGUCGGACGCCCCGACUGUCUCCUCGAUCUACUCGCAGCCCUCACCAGGACUGGGAUACGACUACAAUCCCACGGCUGGCCCUCCUUCCGGUUUGGUGGACGUAUCACCCCCUAGCUCUCCUGAGCCUGAACGCUAUCACCGUAACCAAGACCCACCACGACGAUUUCGCUCCAUGCGUGAUGUGUCUCCCGUUGACGAAAGCCGCGGCAAACGCGCACCAUCAGGCGGAGCCAGCAACAUUCCUGUUCUGCGCAAGGUACCUAGCAUCAUCCGCGACAAGGAAAGCCAAAGCACGCAGAAGUUCUGGGGUGGAAAAGUAGCACCGAACAGCAAAGUACGCUGGGAUGAAUACUCUGGUGAACCUGCUCCUGAAGGUAAAGCGGCACAGGUGAAUCCUGCCAACUACGUGAAGGGUUCUCUACCCCCUGGUGCCGAACGCCGACCGAUGGGGUAUCAAGUCUCCGUUUCUAGCGGCCCACAGGAACAGACUAAAAAGAACGCAAAUUCUUUCUCAGAACGCGCGAGUCGUUUCGGAACGAAAUCACCCUCGCCCGUAGACACAACGUUACCCAAACCUCGCGAACCGUGGAAGGGAGCCAGCGGACGAGUUGAAAUUGUUGCGCCUUUAAAAAACCAGCCCACAAAGGAGCCAUUCCAGUAUGCACGAAAGAAUGCCCCAGAUGCAGGUGUCAAAAGUGCCAGCGGAGGAACUAAAAAUAAGGCUGGGGUGUCGCUUUCGGUUCCAACCACAGUCAAGCGAGUUCCAGUUGCGGCUGACACAACACCCGUCGCAGAAGAGGAUACGGAAGCGGACAUGCAUGAAGACCCCAUUAAACCAGUGGUGCCUCUCAAAGUCGGGAGGAAUUCACCACCCAGGAGUUUGGCUUCUCCCGUCAGUCCAAAUCACCCUGGAAUUACCCAGCAAAAGAAUCCGUACGUGUAUCCUAGUCCAAUCACGCCAACGAACGCUCAGCAUCCGGCGAAUGAGUACCACGGAUCGAAGCAAGGACCCUUGCAGCCGCACUCUACCCCUCCAAACACCAAAGUUGUGAGGAAGUCGAUUGAAGGGACGCCAGGAUCGACAUCGAGUAAGGACAACGGACUAGCCAGUCGGUUCAGUUGGACAACGUAUAAUACCAGCACCACAUACCAGCAAUCUCCACCGCCAUCCCCUCCGCCACCGAUCCCAACCUCGGCCCAAGAACUCGCAUCCUCCAUCCUAAACCGUCGUCGCCCCGUCCAAGCCUCCGACAAACUCCCAACCCGCAAGCCCAUAACUUCAUCCACUGCACGCCCCCGAACCAUGACUUCCGAUCCUCCCUCCCCGCGCCCCUUGUCCACCUUCUCCACAAAUACGCAAAAGGCGCUUCCGCGUCCACCCACGGAAAUCAGUGCCGCAGACCACGUCGACAUUCUCGAAGCGCAACUCGACGACCUCCGUCUCCGUCGCUCGAACGUAAACCGCCUCCUUCAAGACUUAAAUGCCCAAGCCCCCUCGAAUCCCCUCGUCACAGACUUCCGACGAAUGCGCAUCGUGGAGAGGAGGAAGAAGGACUUUGAAGAUGAGUUGGCAGAGAUUCGGCGUGAAGAACACGAUGUUGGGUUGAGGCUGCAUAGAGCGUGGAAGAAGAGGGAGAGGGAGGAUCCGAAUGGGACUGAGAGCGCGAUUUGGAUUCGGCGGGUUACACGAUGA